UUAUUCAAUUCCGGCAUCUUCCUUUUUCCAACCUUGAAGGUUCAACUCAACUUCUUCUUCAUCAACAUUAUUUUCUUACUAUCAAAUCCAAAACCAAGCUUCAAACUGUCAAACUUUUCUCCACCCUCUAUCCAAAAACAUAGUUCAAAUCUCAUCAUUCACUACUUAUAAGAAUGAACCUACUAAAAGUGGAAGGAAAAUUUUCUUCACCUAGCAACCAACAAUGAAAGAAAUUACAAGAUGAACAAGAACUCAAAAGAAGCUGAUCAAUUUCCAUUGAAACAAGAGAUUCAUCAAAACUCAAAUGAUCAACAAGAAAAAGAAAAGGUUUCGUCAUCAUCGUUAAACUCGUUAUCUUCGUCGCAAUGGCCGAGAUUGAAAGAUCCAAGAAUUGUUAGAGUAUCAAGAGCCUUUGGUGGAAAAGAUAGACAUAGCAAAGUUUGCACUAUAAGAGGAUUAAGAGAUAGAAGAAUAAGACUUUCAGUUCCAACAGCUAUUCAACUUUAUGAUCUUCAAGAUAGGUUAGGGCUUAAUCAACCUAGUAAAGUUGUUGAUUGGUUACUUAAUAUUGCUAAACAUGAGAUUGAUCAACUUCCACCUUUACCUAAUUUUCCACCUCUAGGAGGGAAUUUCAACUUCGGUUUUCCUUUUCCGACUAACGAAUCCAUCAACACCGACGCAAACACUUCUCAAACUCAUCAACACUUGUUGAAUUUCAAUAGGAGUAACAAUAUUCACUGGGACGGUUCGUCUUCGAGCCAUGAAUCGAAAGAGGUUUCGAGAGAAAUGGUUAUGGAGAAAGGAAAUUAUUGGGUGAAUAAUAGAAGUACUACUCAUGAAGAUGAAAAUGUUAACACAAAGCAAGGUAGUAACAAUGUUGAAGUUCCUAGUGCAAUUGUUUUACCUAAUAGUAACAAUUUCUUGCAAAGACCAAACCACCCUUCAUUUCUUGGUUUGUUAAAUACCAUGCCAUUUGGUUCUAGUUACAAUUGGGGAGUUUCUUCUUCAAAUGAAGGUUUUGCAAAUCAAGAAGAUGUUAAUGCAAUUGCAUCUUUGCCACCAAUGUUGUCUUUAUCAACUGGAAAUUCUUCUCAAAUGUUGUUUGGAACAUCACAAUCAUAUUUUUCUUCAAAUGUGAAUGCAAUGGAGAUGGAACAUCAUCAACAUCAUCAACAUCAUCAACAACAACAUCAAAGACAAAUGAACAAUCAUUAUCAUCAAAUGUUGAGUUCGUCGAGUUCGCAAAAUCCGUUGAAUAAUUCUCUCAACAAUCCAUCUUUCAGUUUGGCCAAAUUUCUACAAAGUUCAUCAAAUAAAGAACAAGGUUUCUCUCCAAAGUGAUCUUACUUAAAGACACAAAUACAAAAGGUUAUCUUAUUUGAAUUCUCCUCUUCUCAAAAUUUGCAUGGUUCUUGAAGAUUGUGUGAUGAGGAAACUAGUUUCUUUAGUUAUAGUUAUAUAUUGGGAUUUGAAUAAUCAUCACUUAUUAUUUGUUUUGUGAGUGCUUGUUUGGAUUUUUUUUUCAUAGUUUCUUGCUAUUUUAGGCAAACCCUUUAGUUUGAAUCUAUUUGCUUUCUAAGAGUGAUGAUUUAUAAGCUCUUUUUCAUUUGAUAAUUUAAUGUUUGAAUCAUAUAAUACACUUGCAAAUUGGUUUA